AUGGCACGACGCUCGUCAGCCAGAAUCCGCGCAAAGCAGUCGGCCACGCCACAGGCCCAGAGAGUGUCUGAUAUGGGUGUCGACGCCGAUGCCAUCAAGACUCCUCGCACCGCUCCCAAACUAUCCGCAGUCGACGAACACGACGAGCCGCAACCCACUCCAACCAGAAGCGCCCAAACACCUCGUGACGGCACCCCUAUACAACCCAGCGCACAGGAAAUGCAUCCCCAGAAAUACCAGAUGAGCACCGCCAAACCCCUCGAUGAGGCACGAUGGCUGGGUUUCAGCAGCAACAAGACCAGCCAGCAAACACCCACCAAGACCCCCAAGGCCCCACAGAACAUCAUGGACAACGCUCCCGACUUCAGUUUCACCUUUCAGCGACCCACUCUAAAUCUGAGCCCCCAGGCUCGCGCACUGAUGGAGGAGACAAGAGGAGAAGCGGCAAAGAUUCGCAACGAGAUGCAGGCCACACAGAAGAACCAGCCGUCAGCCAACGACGUCUUGGUGCGCAAGAUUGCUACACCGUCGGGCAAGGUCAACCGCUUCAGCGAUGUUCACAUGAAGGCUUUCAAGAAGAUGGACUCGAUCGCCGAUCACCCUUCGGCCUUCCGAACUAGAGACAACAAGCCACUGGCCACCGACAAGCCCUCUGCACUCAAGCGCUCGCCAUCCAAGGCCGAGCUUGAGCGUCCAUCCUCGUCGUCCUCAUCUACAUCUCUGCCUCGUCCUGCAUCGCGCGACAACUUGGACGCAGGCCCGGUCAAGCGUGUCAAGCGUGCUGCCGACGACGACGCUACCACUUCGCGCCCUGAUGCUACUCCCAAGCCUGCCCUCAAGAGUGCCAUCAAGUCCAACAUGACACCCCGCUCCGUCAAGCCUCCUCAGUCAAUACUCAAGUCGGCCAAAUCCGCUCGUCGUACCACCAUGAUUCCCUCUUUCCAACGCAGUCCUGUCCGGCUGAAUAUGACUAGUGCAAGCGUCCAGCACGAACAGGCUCAAGACAAGCAGAAGGACCAACGUGCACAGCUUCUGUCCAAGUCUCCAAUGAAGUCUCCAGCAAAGUCAUCCAUGGCUGACCGCAUUGCUCGUUUUGAGCCUGAGGCACCCGAGAGCCCGCUACUCAGUCGUAGUCCGGCCAAACACCCAUCUCCGACCAAGGCCUCUAUUGCUCCCGAGUCCCCUAAUGAGUCCUCGAAGAUCCCCUUCCUUGCCCGUUCUCCCGCGAAGAAGACGUCCAAUGCCAUUCAAGACGCCGAGGACCAGGAUGGACCCAAGGAGAAGCACAACAAGCAACCAUUACUCGCUCGUUCCCCUGCUAAAAUCUCCGUGCCUGGUGCCUUCGACACUGCACAGCAACAAACUCCGGGAAAGCCUAGUCUGUUCGCCCGAUUCAAUCUGCUGCGCCAAUCUCCUGUCAAGUCCAUCCUGCGCACCCCACAACGCUUGUACUCGGACGACCCCUUCAAGGUCGCUAAUGGCACUCACCUAUCAACUCCACCCAACGCCAUUUCUGAUGCCGAAAAGGCCGGCCCUCCUCCCCCUCCCAAGACAUGUCCUGUCGUAAAGCACGUUGAUUUCUCUGCUUCGACCAAGGCUUUCGAUCAAGCUGAAGAAACGCCCGACACUCCCACAAAGGCCUCAUCUCCACCAUCAAAGGCCAAUGAGCAAUCUUCUAUCGCCUAUCCUACUCUGCCCGCUACUUCUGACAAUGCCGACCGACCCAAGAAGGCUUAUCGCCGCAUGACUAUGGCUGGUGCCCCUAACGACUUCACAUUCCGCGCUGGUGAGCAAGCCAUUACCUUCGCACCGUCGCCUCGUCGCACCACGUCCCAGGAGAUCAAGCCUUCCAUCCGCUCUGUCGAACACUCACCCGAGCUUCUCACAGCCACAGGCACCAAGCGCAAGGCCGACAACGAAGACUUGAGGAAGGAGACCACCGGCGCCACAGCCAGCGACAAGGAAAACGACGAUUCUGAACAGCGUCCUGCAAAGAAGGCCAGGUCUGACAAGCCUGAGCCAACUCGCCCAUCCAUUGCUGCCGCUACUGCUAGGACUCCGGUCAAGAAGAUCCCUACUGUUGGUGUCAGACCAAAGUCUUUCACCCAGAAGCCGAAGGAGAAGCGUCCUGGUGUGCUGAGUGCGGCACGUCUAGCUGCUCUCGCAACCCCCAAGAGACGCUGA